AUGUCCAUCAAUCACUUGCACACGCCUCUCACCAUCCAUGAUCUGCCGUUGAUGGUCAUUGACAAUAUACUGCAUCUGGCAGCCCCGCGUGACGGCCCGCCCUUGCAUUUGAGCCAUGCGUGCAGACACUGGUCAGACCUUUGUCGCGACCCAUCGUUCUGGAGGAACAUAUCCACUGGCAGUUCCAUCAAGAUCACCGAGCUAGCUCUCACGCGAUCCGCCACGCAAUCUCUCAAUGUCUUCAUACUGAACAACGGACGAGAUCACCCUCACCGGUUGCGACGCAUGGUAGAGACGAUCAAGCAGGAGAUCCAUCGGAUCGAGAGCAUCGAAUGCCUUGCAUUCGGGAAUGAACUUGAAUAUGCUUGUAGGGGCAUUAAGUUCUCCCAUGCAUCGGCACCGCGCCUUCGGGAUCUCCGUGUCGAGUUCUUCGAGGACAAUGCUCUUCUCCGAGCCAUGAAGCGCGUGCGCGCGCCUGCCCUUGAACGAGCCGUCGUCGACACUGUCGGAGAGUCUUCCCCUCUUUUAUUUCGGCUAUUGACAGGCGCUCAUUUGAGAUGCCUGUCAUUGACUGAGCUGAACGACAUCACCAUCCCCGAACUACAUGAGCAUCUGUCAGCUUGCCCACACCUUCAAGACCUAUCCUUGUCGCGCGGCGACUUCGCAUCGGCCCCGCUCGACAGCGCGCAUCCCACAAGGUUGUCUGAAUUGACAUACCUGUCCGUGACCUUGCAACCCGUGGACUUGGCCGACUUCCUCGAUGGCCUAGAACUGCCCGCGUUGGAAGGGACGUUGAUCAGACCAUGCGUCAACGAGGAAGAUGACUCAGUGCUUCGACACACCCUAUGCCUCCAAGAGGACCGCGUACAGCAUCUUCUAGCUUCCAUUUUGCGCACGAUUGCCGUCCCUCUGCAUCUCCGCCAAUGCACGCGCAUCAAUUUUCGAGAGGCAUUGACCUUCCAUGGGGCUGGAACCAUGCUCAGAUUUGCAGGGCACACGAGCGAUACAUGCAUCGUACACAUAGCCUUCGACAGUCAUUACUGGCGGAAAUCUGGGUUGCUUGAGUGUGCACGGGAGAUUAUGUAUCAGAUCGUAGCUUGUCAUCCGACUGUGCAGACGAUCGACUUCAUGGUCCCAACCGUAGCUUUCCGUACCGGGUGGACCAUCAAACGACGUUAUCCUGCCUAUCCCCGUUCAAAGUUCGCGAAGAAGGAGGGAGAUGCACUUGCUGCGAUGUUGGAGUCUGGCUCUCGGGACGCAAGCGGCGUCCCUCUACCGCUUUUGACAUCGAUCAGCUUGUCCUGUGUUUCGGACGCCCUGCAACCUUCGACUAUGCAAGCAAUAUCGGCGAGUCUCAAGUUCUUCCGUGACAAAGCAGGUCACGACAUAGAGUUCAACCUCGCUAUACAGGAGCUGCGACGCUCUCUCAAAGACAGUGAUAGUGAGGUAGGAUGGGUAGACACGCCGCCAAAUGAGGAAGAUGCUCGUAACUGGGAGGUGUGGCCGCAACCGGAAGUUACCGAAUCUGACUUCAUGGAACCGCCUCGUCCUGAUUUGCGCCCUCUGUACGUACCGGGGGUACAUCUCUCUGUUGCCUGGAUACGUUGA